AUGGCUGACAAUAGGGAGGAGGGUACAAAAAAACCGGAGUCAGAGGUACCAGUUUCUCAAGACUUACCACGGAUGCUAGUUUCUCAGAACCCAGUACAGCCGGAGCCAGAGGCACCAGUUCAAUCUGCCUCACAUCCUGGAAUUGAGCAGGCAGCAGCUGCUUCUAGCUCACAAUCUGGGGCUGAGCCUUUUCGAUUUGGCACAAUAUCUUUGCCUCUGAAUCAACACCCUGAUGAUUGUGAUCUAAAUGAAUUCUGUCAGGUAUUAUUCCAAACUAAACCACCAAAAAAUAACGAUCCAAAUUAUUUAUUUGGGCAAAGAGAUCCAUCAACAUCAGAUUCUGAUACUACUAAGGAUGCAUCUUGGUUUGAACUCGUAGAGAAACAUGUUUGUCCGACGAGAUAUAAUAGAGAUCCUAAUUUAAUAUUUCCACCAAAAUUUCAUCCACUAUCACCACCAUCUCCAAAUAGAAAUCCAGUGACUCCAUCUCCACAAAAUAAAAACGGAGUGAUUCCAUCUCCUGAAAAUAUAAAUCCAGUGAUUCCAUCUCCUCAAAAUAGAAAUGCAGUGACUUCAUCUCCUCAAAAUAUAAAUCCAGGGAUUCCAUCUCCUCAAAAUAUAAAUCCGGUGAUUCCUUCUCCUCCAAAUAUAAAUCCAGUGAUUCCUUCUCCUCAAAAUAUAAAUCAAGUAAUUCCAUCCAGACAAAAUAUAAAUCCAGUAAUUCCAUUUAGACAAAAUAGAAAUGGAUUGAUUCCAUCUCCUCAAAAUAGGAAUGGAGUUAUUCCAUCUCCUCAAAAUAGAAAUGGAAUGAUUCCAUCGCCUCAAAACAGAAAUGGAAUGAUUCCAUCUUCUCAAAAUAGAAAUGGAAUGAUUCCAUCUUCUCAAAAUAGAAAUGGAAUGAUUCCAUCUCCUCAAAAUAGAAAUGGAGAGAUUCCAUCUUCUCAAAAUAGAAAUGCAAUGAAUCAAUCCUAUCAAAAUAUAAGUCCAGUAAUACCAUCUAUUCAAAAUAGAAAUCCCGUCUUUCCAUCUCAAAAUAGAAAUUCAGCAAUUUCUUCUAGACAAAAUAGAAAUUCAGUAUUUCCAUCUCCUCAAAAUAGAAAUUCAGUAUUUCCAUCUCCUCAAAAUAGAAAUUCAGCAAUUCCACCUCCUCAAAAUAGAAAUUCAGUAUUUCCAUCUUCUCGGAAUAGAAAUUCAGUAUUUCCAUCUUCUCAAAAUAGAAAUUCAGUAUUUCCACGUGCUCAAAAUAGAAAUUCAGUAUUUCCACCUUCUCAAAAUAGAAAUUCAGCAAUUCCACCUCCUCAAAAUAGAAAUUCAGCAAUUCCACCUCCUCAAAAUAGAAAUCGAGUGAACCCAAUUCUUAUAAAUAUAAGUCCAAUGGAUCCAUCAUCUCACAAUGUAAGUCAAGUAAAUUCAUUUAUUCCAAAUAUGAGACCAGUGACUCCAUAUCGUCAAAAUAUGAGUCUGGGAAUACCAUAUCAACUAUCACAUCCAAAUUUCGAGUCACUAUCAUCAUUAGAUUCACAUUUCGGUUCAGUAUCAUCUGAACCAGAUUUGGAUGCUAUGAUAGCAUAUGAACAAAAUUUUGAUCCGAUCCUACCAUACGAACAUUCUGCUGAUACAUUAUCAUUUUGCGAACCAAAUUUAAUUCAACCAUCAACUGAACCAAAUUUAAAUACACCACCACCACCGUAUGAACUAAGUUUAUUCCCACCUCCAUAUGAACUAAGUUUAUUUCCACCUCCACCACCGUAUGAACCAUGUUUAUAUCCACUACCACCCAAUUCAGUUAUACCAGCACCAAAUGUAAUUUUUCUUCCACCAAAUGUAAAUCCAUUACCCCAACCGCAGUUUAAUCCAAUGCCCUAUCAGUUGGUGCCAUUUGUGACAAACUAUUGUCCUCCUUAUUUAUUGCCGUCACCUUUGCCUUAUCCAUAUCAGAACACGGAGCAUAUCGAAAGAAAUGAUUCCGUAAAUAAUAGAUGA